CGUCAGCGCCCAGUCGUCGGAUGAGACACAUUUGCGAUGUUAAAUAUGCUGAUUUUGACAAUAUACGCGACGCUCUCUGGCAUUAGCGGCACGGUGACACGCGCCGUGGAUGCGCGGCGCUCGAUCGGGUAGUUUAAUGCGGUUGUUAGUGCGGAGCGUUGCGGGUUUUUGAAGGAUCUGCGCGAGGGAGAAAGACCCCCACUCUCCGCGCACGCGCCUGACUCUUGUAAACAGAGACGCGCACGAGACCAGCCGGACAAAAGGCCUCGUGAGCGACGCGCGGCAGGUGACGCGACGCGCGGAGGGUUAAAUAUAACAACAGAAGAUGAGCACGUUAAAGGACGCAUCCGGACCCUCGAGGACAAAACAAAGACCAACGCGAGUUUUAGGGUAUUAACGCGCGACUGAAGCGAGUGUGUUCAUCCGCGUCCGUUAGUCUGCCAUCUAUUUACAUUUUUUUUAAUCUAAUUUAAUUUAUCCCGCUUUAUUGGUGGUGGUGUUGUUUCGCGAUCUUUGUCCCGGGAUAAACGGGGCAUGUCAUUCACGAUGGAGGAUACUCUAGAGUCCGGCUGGGUUUCGGUGCGACCGAAUGUUUUUGAGGAGAAAGAAAAGCACAAGUUCGUCUUCAUCGUCGCGUGGAACGACAUUGAGGGAAAGUUCGCCGUCACGUGCCACAACCGAACCGUGCAGAAACGGACCGCAGUACGUGACUCGCUGCUGCUCGAGGCGGCUGAGGGCGAACUGACCGCGGGCAGACAACAGCGUCCCGCCAGCGACAGGCCUCCGUCGAAGAGUCCGGACCGGGAAUCCAGUUCCAGCAGACCGGUGGCGAGAAGUCCGAGCAAAGCGAGCGGAACCGCCAAGAGCGGCGACAUGGAAGUUCCAGACCCGAUCCCCGGUGUGGCGGAUGAAGCACCGGAGGUUCCGGACGGGGAUGACUUCAGCUGGGCCGGACUCUUCUCGUUCCAGGACAUGCGGGCCGCUCACAUGCUGCUGUGCGCCGUCAACUCGGACCUGGAACCGUGUCUGCCCGCCUUCCCCGAGGAGCAGACCGGCGUGUGGUCGGUUCUGUUCGGGGUUCCGGAGAUGAGCGCGCGCGAGAUGGAGGCGCUCUGCUUCCAGCUACAGGUGUAUCUGGGUCACGCGCUCGACACCUGCGGAUGGAAGAUCCUGUCUCAGAUUCUGUUUCCGGACAACGACGAUUCUGAGGAGUAUUACGAGAGUCUGAGUGAGCUCCGACAGAAGGGGUAUGAAGAUGCGCUCCAGAGGAACAAGAGACACCUGCAAGAGUUGUUGGAGCGUCAGCGUGCCGUGGACAGUAUGGUGGAGCUGCUGCAGCUGUACUCUGAACAGGAUGAAGCGUUCAGCGAUCUGGUGGAGGCCACGACUGAACUCUAUCACUAUCUGCUGCAACCAUUCAGAGACAUGAGAGAACUCGCCAUGCUGCGCAGACAACAGAUCAAGAUCUCUCUGGAGACGGAGCACUUGGGUCCACGGCGGGUGGAGUCUCUUCGUCGUGAGGAUGAUGAUUGGCAGAGGAAGGCUCAUAUGGCUGUGCUGUCCAUACAGGAUCUGACGGUUAAAUACUUCGAGACCACGGCACGAGCGCAGAAGGUGAUGUACGAGCGCAUGCGUGCUGACCAGAGGAAGUUUGGUAAAGCUGCGUGGGGAGCUGCAGUGGAGCGCAUGGAGAAACUACAGUACGCCGUUUCAAAGGAAACACUUCAACUGAUGCGGGCCAAAGAGAUUUGUUUGGAACAGAGAAAACAUGGACUUAGAGAGGAGAUGCAGGGUCUGCAGGGUGGAGAGGACGCAAUGGUGCGAUUGGACCAGUUGGAGGCGCUGUACUACGAGCUUCAGCUGCAGCUCUAUGAGAUCCAGUUUGAGAUCCUGAAGUAUGAAGAGCUGCUGUUGACUGCACAGCUGCAGAGUCUGCGCAGACAGAUGAGCGAGAGACAGGAGGAAGUGGUGUACUACGACACGUAUGAGAGCCCCGACGCCAUGAAGGCCACCGACGACCCCGCGACCCCACUGACCUCGCCUAGAGAUGAUGUCACCAAGUUACAGCAGAGGACUCGCCAACUGGAGGCCAGGAGAGGCCGCAUCACCGCCAAGAAAGCCUACCUCAAAAACAAGAAGGAAAUCUGCAUCAUUAAUCACACACAGAAUCUAGAGCACCGGCAGACGGACUGCGUUUCCCAGCAGGCUCUGCGGCAGGUUGAAGAGGAGGAGGAAGAGCAGCGCAUCUCUCGAGUCAGUCAGGAGAGACAGAGAACUCUAGAUCGACUGCGCAGCUUCAAACAGCGUUACCCAGGUCAGGUGACUCUGAAAUCCACACGCCUGCGAUUGGCGUACUCCCGAAAGAAAACCGGUCCGGCCCAAACCACCGCGAGACAGGAGCCGCCACUGACGCAGGCCGCUAGCGUGCAGACGGAAGACGCUCCGGCGCCUUUAGAACAUUCCGCAGGAGUCCUGGAGCUGUGCAGACCCGACAGUUUCCUGUCUCUGCCCACAAUGGGCAUGGCCGCCGCUGAUCCCGCCCCUACGGCCACUGCGCACGCAUCACUUCCUCCUGCCCAAGAGCUCCUGCUGCUGGACUCCUCCACCUCGCCCAUCUCCCCUCCUCCUCCUCCUCCACCCCCACCUCCCCCUCCACCUCCUCCACCCCCUCCCUCUCUAGAGGACAUGCCCGUAGAUGGGCAGUGCCAGUCAAGCAGCCCCCAGCAGCAGCCCAUAGCUGAGAGUCCGCUCGCCCCGUUCUCCGCUCGGUUCUUCGACAGCAGUCAGCUGGAGAACGCCAGGAAGAAGCUGAGGAAGACCUCGUCACUGGAGUCCAACCAAUGGAGGAGAGCGAGCUCUCCGAUGGACGAGGUUUUAGCCAGUCUGAAGCGCGGCAGUUUCCACCUGCGGAAGGCCGAGCUGCGCGUGCUGGCUCCCGAUCCGGACGAGGACGACGGGAAUAACAUUCUGGCUCAGAUCAGGAAGGGUGUGAAGCUGCGUAAAGUGCGGCGACAGGAGCGCGGCGUGAAGGGGAUGAUGCACGAUUCCACCGACCCGCUGACACGCAGCAUCCACGAGGCACUGAGACGCAUUAAAGAGGCUUCACCCGAAUCAGACUCGGAGGACGAGACGCUGCCCUGCACAGACUGGGAGAGCUGAACCGCUGCGUGUGUUCAGUGACACGCGUGAUCUGCAUUACGUCAAUACUGACAGCUGAACACAUUAAUGAAGCAAACAUUCACUGAAUCGGUUUGUGGAGUGUUAUUCCAGUCAUUUAUUUGUUUUGUUUUCUUCUAUUUGUGUCUUUAUAUAUGAUAGCGGGAGGUUGUUUUGUUUCGGUAAAAGCUGGCGAUAUCGAGCGACGGGUCAAGAACAGGUCAUAUUUCACCCCCAAAUCUAAACAAAUUGUCUUAUUAUGAAAACAACGCCUAUUUUUAAGAUCAUUAAAAUGGUUAUGACAAUUAAGCACAUUAAUGUGAAUUGAAAAGUAGCUUAUUUAUACAUUGUGGUCGUUGCUUUUAUUUACGCUGAUUUACUAGAGAUGGACGAUUGUGGGUUUUGCCGAUACCGAUAUCUACGGGGGUCACAUGGGCCGAUAACCGAUUAAUGGGCGAUCGUUUCUAAAAUCAAUUUAUAGUGUUAAGAAUAUUUUUUAUGCUUUCCAAUACGACGACGGGCACAGACAGUUAUACAUAUAACCAAGCCCAGAAUACUCUUAUUUCAGGACUCUUAUUUUGAAAUGACGGAGAAUUGGCUCUAUUUACCAAAUAAAAUUUUAUCGCUUUUAUUUGCCAGACUGAGGAUUUUAUAUAUCACCAGGUGAGGUUUUAUAUUAUUAUUCACACGAUGUUCGUGCUGGGAACGUUUCUAUAUAGUCACAUUUUUAUUUGCGUGCUCUCGCUUCAAUUUAUAAAAAUGUAUUUUACGUAAUCAAAAUAACAAAAUGUGCAUAAUGGAUACAAAUAUGGUUGAAUAUUUCUCAGAUUAAAUCCCCACGAGGUGUCAGUGAUUGAUUUUAUUUCACUUCUUGAGGUGGCUGUUAUACUGUAGGAGUACAAAAUAAUAAAUCAAUAAAAACUAUCGGCACCGAUUAAUCGGUCUACGGCUAUUGAUUACUACAGAAAUUAAUUUCGACUCGUUCCUCCUUUAAAAAAGCUCAACUUGAGGUUCCAGUGAGACAUGAUGGAAGUGAAUGCGGUCGAUCUGUAACGUUGAAAUACUCACCGUUUAGUGUAGACGGAUAAUUUGGGUUUUACCGAUUAAUCGUGCCGAUAGUUAUCGACAAAUUCUUUGAUGAUAGUUUAAGAUGUUUUUUAUAUUUAUUCCUCAUCAAUAAACCUCAUAUGUGAAAUAUAUCAGCUAUAAAAGCUUAAUUUGUUAAAUACUUACAUAAAGAGCAUUAUAAGGGACCCAAGUGUCUGUCAUUUAUAAAAUAAAAGUCCCUGAUGUAUUUUGGGCUUCUUUAUAAUUAAAAGUCCCUCGUUAUACACAAAAUCGUAAUUCUCCCGAUUAUUAUUAUUAUUAUUAUUUGAUUUUUUUGUUGCACGAUAAACUUCUUUUGGGAUUUUAUUCAUGUUAGUCUCUUGUAGACUCGAUGUCGGCGCACGUCAUAGCAAGAAAAUAUUACGAAAUCUAUCAAACUAAUUUUUAAAAACUAUCGGCCGAUUAAUCGGUUAUCGGCCUUUUCCACCAGCUUAGUUAUCGUAACGGAAAAUCCACUAUCAGCCACAAGAUGUAAACAAUAUGUGUGUUAACAUGAUUUUAAUGUCAUAAAAUCACUUACCGCAUCUGUGUAACGUUAUCUCCAUGACGACAAAUCGCUAUAAUCACGAUAUUACACUUACAAAUAUUGAAUAUAACUUGACACAGAAAGGGUUAGAGAGCAGUUUUUAUAACUCCUGUAUACGGAUUGCCCCCAUUCACUUCCAUUGGAGUAACCCAGAUUAUUUUUAUUUUUUAUUUUUUAGAAAUGUUUUUGUAGCAAUCAAAUGCUGUCGAUUGAGCUUAACUUGUACCAAACCUGGAAUAUUCCUUUAAUAAUUUAUGAAAAUAAUAAUUUGUAUAAUUAUUUGUGCUUAAUAAGCGGUCUCUGACGCUUUCUGCCUGUCAAUCAUGUCGCUCGUUCACACAGUAUUGCAGCUGCAGGGAAUUAUUGAGGCUUAAUGCCAUUUUUAUGCCAUGUAGUUCAUAACAGUUGCCAGUGGAGGGCGCUGUUUUACUGCUGUUGUGUUUAUAACCAUUCCUGCUCGAUGUCGGUCUCAAUAAAGCUUGUUUGGUAUCUUUAGAGGGCGGGACUUAUGGAAAAGGGGGCGUGGCUAAUUCAACAGCUCAUCUUGAUAGCUUGAGGAUAUUCUAGAACGGCUGAAAUCGCUUACAGCGAAAAAAAUUUUCAUUGUGCAAAUUAUACAAAUUUCUUGUUGGGGUGAAAUAUGAUCUACAGUUCAACACGUCAGUUACACGCGUGUCGACAUCGCCCAGUGUUUUACCACAAUCAUCGUUUUGAUUUUAAGGUCUGUUAAAUUGUAUCUGCUUGUAGAGUUUCUUUGUUUAGCUGCGGUCAAUUCCGUUUGAUCCGAAUUCACUCACGUUACUUGUUACUUUUUUUUGUAAGUUUGCGUAGUUUCUUACAUUUCCAUGUCUAUAGACCAGUGGACGCCUGUGUUUGUUUGACUGUACAUCAACUCAUCCAGCACUGAAACGCCUUUGAGAUCUGUUUCCUUCCGCGAGCUGAUUGGACAGUCUGUCACUCAUGGUCACGUGCUUUAUCCACUUGUGUUAUGAAGAAUAUGUCAAUAAGGCCACAGUGAGUGUGAUGUGACUCAUUUCACUGUGUCACUGUGACGCUGACACCAUGUUUACUCACAGCUGUACUGUCUGGUGUCGUUGAACGCACCCUGAACACUGUUCUGAUCAAUCUGACCCAAGACCAGCAGAAGGGCACAACAGUUUAAUUUGACGUUUUCAUCACGUGUACUGUAUUUAGCUUUUGAUAUUAUGAUUUAUGUCUUUUAAUUAUAUUAAUUGUCAUACAUGUUCUAUGCAUCAUGUUUCCAGCUGCAUUGCAACAACACUACAGUCCUUAAUUAUUCCACCUUAAAACCGUUAAAGAUGCCGAUACAUGACUGGAGAAGACCCCGAAAACUAGCCAGUCACUAGACAUGUGCAAUAUUAUUAUAAUAGAAACUGAUAUUUUUCAUGUGUAUUAUAUUGUAAUAGACAGCAAAUCCAUCUGCAUGUUUGCCUAAAGGACACAUGUAUUUAUUGAGUUCAAAUAAAUAUUUAAAAAUGUAAAGCAAUAUCAUACAAAUGUAAAAUGUAAUUUUUGAAUCUUCAGUUUUGCUUUUACUCUGCUUUUCCAGCCAUUGUACCUAUUUUAAAUAUGCAUUUUGCCCCCUUACGUAAAUAAAGUAUGAAAAGAAACUGUUUGUUGAGAUGAGUUAAUAAUGUGUCUGAGGUGCAGUGACACGGUCUGACCACUGAGUGACUGUGUGGCGCUAGUGAGCAAUGAGCGGUGGUCAUAGAUAUACAUAUAUAGAUGCCUCAUUAGCAGUAUAAAGGAAAGGCCAUCCAGUGCUUUGACAGAUGUGUUCUGCAACCGUCUUUUACAGCCAACUUUCACAUGAUUUGAUUUGCCAUAAACAGACAAUAUUAGAGAUGACAUUAAAACUUAAAUGUUCAUAUAAAUAAUGUCGACAGUCUGAAGCUUGGAGGAACUAGAGGUCAUAAUGCAACGGGAUAGAUCAUAAACAUCCUAUAAUAGUUAUAAUCAUACAUUUGUUGUUAAACCAUAUAAUACCAAUAGUACACUUAGUAAGUUCCUAUAUCCAUGACUUGGGAUAUUAAACUAUUAAACAAGCUUUAGUCUAUAAUUUAAAGCUGCUGUGAUUGAUUUCAUGGAAAUGGAUGUAAACAUGUUCGUACUCUGAGAUAUUCAUGAAAUAAGUGUGGUGAGAUAUCUCACCGGUCUCUGAGAUGCUCUAGACUCUGUAAACAACAAAUAAAACCGUGUCUGCGGUCUCGUUCUCGCAGUAUUGUAGCUGCAGGGAAUUAUUGAAGCUUAAUGCCAUUUUUAUG